CGGGCGCGGGCGCGGGCGCGGGCGCAAACGGUCGCGCUCUGCGGCGCCGCCAUCAUGUCGCGGGAGUUCGAGCUGUGCCCCGGGCGGCGGGUGGGCGGCAGCCAGCCCUGCUUCAUCAUCGCCGAGAUCGGGCAGAACCACCAGGGCGACCUGGAGAUCGCCAAGCGCAUGAUCCGCGUGGCCAAGGACUGUGGAGCAGACUGUGCCAAGUUCCAGAAGAGUGAACUGGAGUACAAAUUCAACAAGAAAGCCUUAGAGAGACCGUAUAUCUCUCAGCACUCAUGGGGGAAGACCUACGGGGAGCACAAGCGCCACUUGGAGUUUAGUCAUGACCAGUAUAGGGAGCUAAAGAAAUAUGCAGAGGAGGUUGGCAUUUUCUUUACAGCUUCUGGCAUGGAUGAGAUGGCUGUGGAAUUUCUACAUGAAUUGGAUGUUCCAUUUUUCAAAGUAGGGUCAGGAGAUACAAACAAUUUUCCGUAUUUGGAAAAGACUGCAAAGAAAGGUCGCCCAAUGGUGAUUUCCAGCGGAAUGCAGUCGAUGAACACAAUGCAUCAGGUUUAUCAGAUUGUGAAGCCCAUCAAUCCAAACUUCUGCUUCCUGCAGUGCACCAGUGCAUACCCGCUUCAGCCAGAGGAUGUCAAUCUUCGUGUUAUAACGGCAUAUCAGUCAGCUUUUCCUGAUAUCCCCAUUGGCUAUUCGGGACAUGAAACUGGCAUAGCCAUUUCAGUGGCUGCUGUUGCUAUGGGCGCUAAAGUAGUUGAACGCCAUGUGACUCUGGACAAAACGUGGAAAGGAAGUGACCACCAAGCAUCCCUGGAACCAAAUGAACUUGCAGAGUUGGUGAAAGCCAUCCGUACUGUGGAAAAGGCAAUGGGUUCUCCAGUCAAGCAGCUCUUGCCCUGUGAAGUGGCUUGUAAUGAAAAGCUGGGAAAGUCUGUUGUGGCAAAAGUGACAAUUCCUGAAGGAACAGUACUGACACUUGAUAUGCUGACAGUGAAGGUGGGAGAGCCUAAAGGAUUUCCCCCAGAAGCUAUCUUUGAUCUGGUGGGCCAGAAGGUUAAAAUAAAUAUUGAAGAAGAUGAAACUAUCACGGAGCAGGCAAUGGAAAAUCACGUAAAAAAAGUGAAGUACUAAACCAAAGCAUUCAAGUUGGUGUUGCACUACUACACUGCAUAUUUAGGUGUAGCAGCAUGGUAGAUUAGAAGAGAAGGAGAAUCAUGAGAAUUGAAAUAGACUAGAAUGUUUAGGUUCUUGUUAGCGGAAAGUGUUCGCCGCAAAUGGAUUUCAAUUACGAAAGGCAGUUUUAUUGGAAACGGUAUAGCAUGCCAUACUUCUCCUUUUCCAUUCCGCCUAAACUAGUUUUAUUUGGAAGUUUGCCAAAUCUGAGACCAAGGUCUGCUGCUUCCAGCUUCCCUUUUCUGGUAAGAUUAUGCUAGAUGCUUAUAAUUUGUCUACACUGUUCUAAUGCUUUAUCUUUUGGCGGCCAGCUCUCCUGCCAUUUCUCUCACCCCUCUAACAACAGCUAGCUGGAGUUAAAUGGAGAAAAGUGAAAGGCUGUAUAAACUAAGAAGAAAACAUCACCCAUGCAACCUAAUGGAUUUCUCAGUUGGCUAGAAAGUCUCAAGAACUGGGUUGGAACCAGCUUGAGGUGUUGAGGUAUACAAAUGGAAAGUGAGACUGUACAGAGAAAGGGAGAUAUCUGUUCAUGUAAUGAACUCUGGGAAAACUUAGCCUCCCUGAGAAGACUGGAACCCAUUGUGAGCUACCUGAAGCCUGGAACCUUAGUGAAUUCUGCAAUGGCUUGGGGUACCUCUGUUUGUAUUGCCAGCCUGUUUACUGAAGUUAGGAGAUUUCAGCUAGGAAGGCAAAUUCUGGUCAGGAUUGAGUAGCAUCCUUCUUAGACCAUCAAGUGAAAACACUGUUUUUUUUGCUUUGUUUUUUACACUGGUCUUUGAAAUAGUCAAGGCUCGCGACUGUACUAGAUGCCGUCAUUAUGCUUCAUCAUUGUGCAUGGUGGUCUGUGGUCCUCUGUGUCCUCUGCUUUUGCAUCACAGGUUCUUGCCUUUCAAGCAAGAAAUGCAAUCCCAUUCCUCAUCAGCCUACUGCUCUUCUUUUUGUCCAUGAAAGACCCAGAUGGCAGCAGCUGCAAACCGUGAUGAAACGUAUGCAGAAACAGCAGCUGCAUCCCUCAGGCUUGUUAACACAGAACAACUUUGCUAUAAUGUAUCUUCAUUUGUCUGUAUCAGAAUUAUUUUACAGGUGAUGGUUAUUUGGACCUCGCUAUCUCUUGGUCAUGACUUGGUAUUUUGAAUGUAGCAGUGAUGUUUUUAAGUUAUGGGUUACUUGCUGUUUCUUUCAAAAUGUUUACACUUCUGUAAUUCUGAGGAGACUAGUCCUAUCUUUGAUGUGGGAAGAAGAGAUUCCUUGAGUGAAUCAUGUGCUUGUGACAGUCUGUAAGCUUUGAUUGAUGCAAUAUACUUGCCUUAUAUUAAGAAACUACUCAAUUGAUUUUUUUCUUUAAUUGCAAACUUAAAAAAAAAUAAAGCAAGCUUAUAAAAUAA